AUGAGUUUCCGAUUCCCCUAUCACGAAACCCCGUCGGAGGGCAGCUUCAACCGCGAGUUCAACGAUGCAGAGAAAGGCCAGCACGACAACUCGGGAAUGGCACUUGCACCACUGAGUAAAAUCUAUCCAUCUGACAAAGCGGAUGGCCACCUUACCGCUUUUCCUCCGGUUCAUGAGGGAAACAUGUGGUCCGCCACGCAAUCGACCUCGUCUUUUCACAACUCUUGCAAAUCAAACUCCUCAUUGCCAAUUCUUCCCAAGCAAAAGAUCACACCGCCGCCGCCAAAGAAGCAGGAACCCAGAAAAAGUACCCUGUUCGUACUGUGGUUCAACACAUACAAGCGGUUGUUCACUUUCGUUGUUACUCUCAACCUUGUUGGUAUCAUCCUUACCAGUGUCGGCAAGUUCCAGUAUGCGCAGGACCAUCUUGGUUCUAUGGUUCUUGGAAACCUGCUCUUUGCUAUCUUGAUGCGCAACGAGUUGUUCUUUCGGAUACUCUAUAUGGCCUUUAUCUACGGACUGAGAAGUGCUAACAUUGAACAGUGGGCACCACUAAGAAUGAAGUUAAUGGCAGCAUCGUUUCUGCAACAUGUUGGAGGAGUACACUCGGGCUGUGCACUCUCUGGUACCGCUUGGCUCGUGUAUUACAUCGUACAGAUUCUCAGUCACCGCAGCAUCCGUGAGCCUGCUGUACUCAUUAGCGGGAUUGUUACCGUCGUAUUCAUCAUAACAUCCGUCCUGAGUGCAUUACCAUGGGUUAGAAAUAAUCACCACAACAUUUUUGAGCGGUACCAUCGAUUCGCCGGCUGGUUAGGUUUGGCUGCUACAUGGGCUUUCGUCGUUUUGAGCAACUCUUACGAUGCCACUAGCGGUAAAGAUAAUUCUAAUGCACAGUCCCUGAUUACCACGGAAAACAUCUGGUUUACCAUUUUCAUGACGAUCUUGAUCGCUCUCCCCUGGGUCACAAUCCGACAAGUCCCUGUCGAAGUAGAAAUACCCUCGUCCAAGGUUGCGGUCCUCCGUUUUAAUAGGGGAAUGCAGCAAGGCCUUCUUGGACGCAUCGGCCGUUCAGCCUUGAUGGAGUAUCACGCUUUUGGUAUCAUCAGCGAAGGACGCCAUUCCCCAUACCAUUACAUGGUUUGCGGUGUUCAAGGCGAUUUCACCAAGAGUCUCGUUGCGGACCCACCUACAAAGAUCUGGACACGAGAAUUGAAGUUCGCCGGAAUCGGACACGCUUCUGCCAUGUUCAAAAGGGGUAUUCGCGUCUGCACUGGCACAGGUAUCGGUGCCGCUCUGUCAACAUGCAUCCAGAGCAAAAAUUGGUUCCUCAUCUGGAUAGGCUCUGACCAGAUAAACACGUUCGGAUCGACGAUUUCACGGCUCAUCCACGAUAACAUCGAGCCCGAUCGAAUGAUACUGUGGGAUACAAAGGAACGCGGCGGCCGACCAGAUACAAUGCAGCUCCUGAAAGACACCUGGAAUAACUUCGGUGCCGAGGUUAUCUUCAUCACGUCCAACAUGAAGGGGAAUGAUGAAAUGAUGCAAGGAUGCCGUGAAGAGGGAAUGCACGCUUUCGGCACACUUUGGGACUUCUGA